AUGAAGGACAUGCUUUUUGCACUCCCUUUGGUUACUGCCUCUUGGGUGGGUGUUACUGCGGCUAGUUCAGAUAGAGCCACUGGCACGACACAGCCGAAGUGGUUCCAGACGUCUCCCCAGAGUUAUCAAGGUCCAACUGCCACCGGCUCUGCACCUUUCCUCGCCGAAACGAAUCCAGCUUUCUCCAGUCAUGGGGCGUAUAUUGCCAAUGACCCUUUAGUGACAGAUCAACCUAUAUCAGGAGCGCAUGGGCGCAACAUCUUCCACCAUGCUGGUAACCUGAGUCCCUAUUUCUCCUCAGAAGAUGGCUUCGGGGUCGACGAAUAUCCCCUUCCGGCUGGAGCAAACAUCACCCAAAUGCAUAUGCUGCAUAGGCACGGUUCCCGAUAUCCUUCUUCGUCGGAGGGGUUUCCGUCCUGGGCCGAGGGGAUCAAGAACUCUACGACUGCCGGCAACCGCUUCAAGGGCGCUCUAUCGUUCCUCAAUGACUGGAGCUAUGGCCUUGGGGCUGAAAUACUUGUUCCGAAGGGUCGCCAAGAGCUGUUUGAUAGUGGGGUCCUGAAUUAUUACAACUAUGGGCAUCUUUACAAUGAAAGUCUUGGCCACAAGCUCGUGGCACGCACGACGACACAGGAUCGCAUGCUGAAAUCGGCGGAGAACUUUCUUGCUGGCUUCUUCGGCCUGGAUUGGACUAGCAAGGCCAACCUACUAGCAAUGAUCGAAAGUGUAGGAUUCAACAACUCUCUUGUUGGAACAUAUUCCUGCACCAAUGCUAUGACCGUCAUGGCCAACUCAUCAAUCUAUGAACCCAUGUACCAAUGGAUCAACAUAUACCUCAAGGAGCGUACUACGGUGCUGAAAGAGCUUUCCGGGUCCUAUAACUGGACCACUACUGAUUCACACAAUGCUCAGUCUCUCUGCGUAUACGAGACGAUUAGCUUUGGCUACAGCCAAUUCUGCCAGCUUUUUACUUAUAAAGAGUUUGAACACUUCAGCUACGCGUACGAUCUCAUGUUUACUGCCAUGGUGGGAUUUCAGAAUCCGGCCGGACGCGCCCAGGGAAUCGCGUGGGUCGAGGAGUUCCUCGCCCGAGUGGAAGGCCAUGUCCUACAGACAACCGGCACAAAUGCCAACAUGACCUUGGCCACUAAUCCAGUUACGUUUCCGGUAGACCAGAAUCUCUAUCUUGACUUCACACAUGACGCUGAUAUCUUCGCGACGCUUACGGCAUUCGGAUUCGGACAAUUUGCCCAGUUUUUGCCUCCGACGGGCCCUCCAAAGAAUCAGCAGUUUUCCACCAGCAAGGUUGUUCCUUUCGCUGGUCGCACAAACAUUGAGAUUAUAAGAGCACCUCAUAAGGUAUCAACGGAGCGAUCCCGAAACGAGACCCACGGCGUCUACCUGAAAGACACGAAAGACACAUAUUACGUUCAUUUCCUUCAAAAUCAGCGAACUCUUCCUCUCCAUGCCAGCUUCCCUGAGUGUGAAUAUCGAGAUGACGGAUGGUGUGAGCUUGACACGUUCUUGAAGGUACAAAGAAAGAGCUUGGAGAGGUCCCAGUUUGAGUACGCAUGUUUCGGGGACUGGAGUACUCCAGCUUAUGGGGAUGUUACAGAUGGAGUGCCUCCGCGGGACUAA